UUAUUUGGUGUCGAAACUCCCAAUUGAACCUUUGAACUUUAUCCGGCGUCGAUGAGCUCGUGCGUCUUGCUUCCGCUUUCGAGCCUAUCUUUAAUCCUCUCGCCCACCGCUAUCCUCUACUCAUUCAUAGUUAUACACAGUCACUCAGCAGCGAAGAGAGAGGAGCUGUAUUCAAGAUCAGGGACACCGCUGAGAUUACGUUUUGGAAGAGAAGACACUAGCUGUGAAUAAUACCCACCCAGCCACCCAGGACAUCCGUAUCCCAUGGGAUCAGGCACAUCCCGGCCCUCGCGCCGCGUCACCAAGCAAGACAAUGCGAUUCUCAACAUGAAGUUGCAGAGAGACAGACUACAGCAGUACCAGCGACGGAUACAGGUCGUGCUGGAUCGGGAGCGGGACAUUGCGAAGCAGUAUCUCGAAAAGGGAGAUAAAGAGCGUGCGCUUCUGGCGCUGCGGAAGCGAAAGUACCAGGCGCAGUUGCUGGCCAAGACUGACAGUCAGCUAGAGACAUUAGAGAAGCUUACACAAAGCAUAGAAUUCGCGUUGGUCGAGAAAGACGUCUUAUUCGGCCUCGAGCAAGGCAACCAGGUCCUGAAAGAGAUCAAUAAGGAGAUGUCAAUGGAUAGAGUUGAGCGGCUACUAGACGAGUCUGCAGCCGGAAUCGAAUAUCAACGGGAAAUAAGCGACAUGCUAGCCGAUACGAUCACAAACGCAGAAGAAGACGAGAUCGAAGAGGAGCUGGAAGAGUUACAACGCCAGGAGAUUGCCAAAACAAUCCCCCAAGUUCCGACUUCAAAGAUCCCAGACGCCGAACCCGCAAACGAACAGGAAGAAGAAGAGGAGGAAGAGGAAGAGGAAGAGGAGCGGGUACCUCAAAAAACCCGCAAUCGCGGACAACCAAUGCUCGCAGCUUAAACUCAUUUGUACAUUAACACGCAUUUUAUGUUUUGAAACAGAAGCUGCAUGGACCGCAAUCAUUACAAUAUGAUGCUAUAUUACACACAGUUACGGAGUUGUGGUUUUUGGUUUAAAAGAGUAUAUAAUGUGGAACGCGAU